UUGUAGAAGUUUCAGCUCCCUUUCUUUAGUCAAGCUACCUAUUAAUCAAACGCCAAGGUUCAAUCACAUUGCAAAACUGCUACACCGACACACAGCUCCAAAAUGGAGUUCUCUAUGUUUUCUUGGCCCGGCGGUGGCCAGACGGCCCACCUCAAUAUCCAUUUUCCAAAUGGAAACCUUCUAGUGUUGCCACUCUUCGUUUAACCCACGGCAAACGUUAGGGAAAUCAGUGGGAAACGAGGGGCACCAGAAAGUCAAUCAAUGUUCAAAAGGAGGGUGGACUUAUGAGCUCCUCCUCUGCAAUCUGACGGGCUCCAACUCACUCGGCUGUCCUGUAGUAGCAGAUAUUAGAUUCCUCCCUCUGCUUUUUUCUCUUGCUUACCCUGUAUCAAUCAAAUACUUCAAGCUCACAAAAAGUUAAAAGGAUAGUUGGCAGAGGCAGUGCAAAGCCAAGGGUCCUCAUUUUUCAUUUGUUUAUCUUCACAGUGGUUUCACUUUUUAAAGUUCUUGGCCUCAUGGUCUCCAACUGCACAAAAGAGAAGGCAGUACCCCUUUUCUCAGCUAAACUCUCUGUCUCUGCAACUAAUAACUGCAGCUACCUCCAUUCUCUACGAACUUUCCCCACUUAGUAGUUCCUUCCCUGGUGAGCUCACUUCAUUUCUUGGGUCACUUUCAUUGUUUGGAGUAAGCUUUAGCUUUUGGGGGUCUGUUCCUGGAACCCAUCACCGGGUUCUCCCACUCUUUACUUUUUCACCUGUUACAUGCUCUUCCUAAUCCUGAUCUAUUUGGUAACCAGAACGACAGGAGCUGGAGUUGGUCACCCUCUCUCCACUCUCUUAUCUUCUCACUCCACUACGUCUCCGCUUUUUUUCUUCACUAUGAAUUUGUAGCCAACAUGUGCGGCUGUGACCAGCUCCAGAAACCAUGACUCCAAGCUCCAAAAAUCUGCAUACCAGUUUGAGGGCUUUGGUUUUCAGCCUCCUUCUGCUUAGUUCAUCCGCUCUAAACUCAGAUGGUAUCCUCUUGCUCUCCUUCAAGUACUCCAUUUUGAGUGACCCAUUGUCUGUCCUGGAGAGCUGGAACUAUAGCGAUGUUACCCCAUGCGCCUGGAAUGGAGUCACUUGCACACAGAUUGAGGAUCCCGGAACACCAGCCAUGUUCAGAGUCACCAGCUUAGUCCUCCCCAAUAGCAAGCUUCUGGGCUCAAUUCCCAAGGAGCUCGGCAUGAUUGAGCAUCUCACGCAUCUUGAUUUAUCUAGUAAUUACUUCAAUGGAUCCUUGCCUUCGACUAUCAUCAAUUCCUCCACGCUUCGAGUGCUCUCUCUAUCCAACAACGUGAUCUCAGGUGAGCUGCCUGAGUUUAUCGGAGACUCCAAAAGCCUCACGUUCUUGAAUCUCUCUGAUAAUGCACUCGGUGGAAGUAUUCCUGAGAACCUAACGUCCCUCAAGAACUUGUCUGUUGUUUCUUUAAGGAGUAAUUACUUCGCAGGUGGCGUUCCUAGUGGGUUUGAUUCGGUUGUUGUCCUAGACUUGUCCUCAAAUUUGCUGAAUGGAUCUCUGCCAUCAGAUUUCGGAGGUAACGGUCUGCGUUACUUGAAUCUCUCCUACAACAAGCUUUCAGGCCCAAUACCGCCAGGUUUCGCCUCGAAAAUCCCAAGAAAUACCACUAUCGAUCUCUCAUUCAACAACCUGAGUGGCGCAAUCCCGGAGUCACUGGCUUGGGCAGAUCAGAAAACAGAGUUCUUAGCGGGCAACGUGGAUCUCUGCGGCAAGCCGCUGAAGAUCCUGUGCUCCAUCCCUUCAACACUCUCCACGCCACCCAACGCCACCACAACCACGUCACCGGCGGCCAUCGCAGUCAUCCCGAAGACAGUCGACACCGAUCCAUCGGCGAACUCAACCGGAACAUCUGCUGCGGCAAAAGACCAAACGCCCGGCGGGCUAAAACCAGGGACCAUAGCAGGAAUCGCUGUAGGCGAUCUAGCCGGAAUAGGAGUCCUCGCAUUGGUCAUCCUCUACGUCUACCAAGUCAGGAAGCAGAAAAACGACAACAAAGUCACCACGACCAACGAGCCCAAAUCACAUAAGAAACCAGAGCCAGCAGCGGAACAAGACCCAGACCCGGAAUCAAGAAAACCCGCGAGCUGCUACUGCCUCACGAUCAAAGGCCAAGAAGCAUCGACCUCCGAAUCAUGCUCCAGCGAGGACGACGAAGGCAAGGACUUGCCCGCAGCUGCGGCGGCGACAAACAGCGACCACCACCAAACGGGGACGGGGGCGAGCCAGAAAACAGGGACCCUCGUGACGGUCGACGGGGAGACGCGGCUGGAGCUGGACACGCUGCUGCGGGCGUCGGCGUACAUACUGGGGGCGAGCGGCGGGGGGACCAUCGUGUACAAGGCGGUGCUGGAGGACGGGACGGCGUACGCGGUGAGGCGGAUCGGGGAGAGCGGGGUGGAGAGGAUGAAGGAGUUCGAGCACCACGCGAGGGCGAUCGCGAGGGUGAAGCACCCGAACCUGGUGCGGCUGCGAGGGUUCUACUGGGGGGACGACGAGAAGCUCGUCAUCUACGACUACGUCUCCAAUGGCAGCCUCGCCGGCGCAUGCUCUGGUUACAGGAAAGCAGGGUCGUCCCCAUUUCACCUCUCUCUUGAACACCGGCUCAAGAUCGCGAGAGGAGUUGCCCGAGGGCUCGCUCACAUCCACGACAAGAAGCUUGUCCAUGGCAACGUCAAGCCCACCAAGAUCCUCCUCAACUCCGACAUGGAACCUCUAAUCUCCGACCUUGGCCUCGAGAAGCUCGUCGUCGGCAGUGCCAGCCACCACAUGACAGCGACAAGUUCAGGCUCAUCGAACCGGUUCGGAAGUCAGAGAUUCGGACACCAUCAAGAUCUUUUGAUCACUAACGUUAAUCAUAGUAACAACAGUAGCCCAUUUGUAGUGCCCACGAGCUCGAAUCUCGGAGCUCCCUCUCCUUAUCAAGCGCCCGAGUCCCUGAAGAGCUUCAAGCCGAGCUCGAAAUGGGACGUGUACUCGUUCGGCAUCGUCUUGCUCGAGAUGCUCACGGGGAGAGUGUUCCUGGACCGGGACCUGGCCCAGUGGAACGCCGGUUCGGUCAGCAACGAGGACCGGGGGUGGGUGCUGAGGAUGGCCGACGUGGCGAUCAGGGCCGACGUGGCGAGCAGGGAGGAGGUGGUGCUGGGUUGCUUCAAGUUGGCAUUUGGUUGUGCCUCACUUGCCCCACAGAAGAGGCCCUCCAUGAAGGAAGCACUCCAAGUUCUUGAAAAGGUCAUGACGCCAUGAUUUGAUGCUGUUUUUCUGAUGUGAUGCUGAAUUUGCUAAAUUAGCGGGAUUUGGGUCCCUUUGAAAAAGCUUGGCCACUAAAAAUCAAAGUGUUGUCUUUCCUUUUAGCCUUUUUGACUUGGAUGUAGCAAGGAAGGAGAGGGAAGUAAUCGAUGAACAGAUGGGUUUGGUUUUGCUUGGCGAAAAGUAAAGUGGGAUUGGUCGGUUCUGCCUUUUGAGAAUCCCCAGCUUGUCCUAUAAUUGGUGAAUAUAAUGAUGUCCGAAUAACCUAAGAUUCACGGGCUAUGUACGUUGUUCAUCCUUUUUCAACAUGAAUGAGACACGCCCUCUUUAGCAAAA